AUGGCCACCACAGAAGAACCGACGAUCGAGUUGAAGGUUUUCGUGGACAAGGAGAAGAGUAGGGUGCUCUUCGCGGAGUCCGGCAAGGAGUUCGUCGACGUGCUCUUCGGCUUCCUCACGCUACCUCUCGGCACCAUCGUUCGCCUACUUGGCAAAGAGUCUCAGGCCGGAUGCCUGGACGAGCUCUACAAGAGCGUGGAGAGGCUCCCCACGGGCUUCUUCAGAACCGAGGCCUGCAAGACGAUGCUUCUCAGGCCCAUUAAUGGCGCAGCAAAGCAGUGCUGUCAACUCAAGGUCAGAGUCGACGACACCGAGCACAGGGAGGUCUAUGUGUGCAGAGGCAUUUGCUGCUGCGCCCGUGCCGACUGUGCGUGCAGCUCGGUCCCUGGCGCUGUCUGCAGAUGUGGCAAAUCGAUGACGCGGGUCGGGGGGGACAGACCCGAAUAUGAUUCUACUUCUAGCACUGCUGGUGCUGGUUCCGUGGAUGGAGUUUUUGUCAAAGGAGAUAUUAAGUUCAUCGUCACAGAUGAUUUGAAAGUUGCAACAGCGUCAACUUCUCUCAUGUUGUCCCUUUUGGACAAGUUUGAAGUGCAAGAUCCCUCCAGUUUAGAGCAGAAGACCAUCCAACUUAGUUCUGACAAGAUAAUUAGCCUGCUCAAGAGAUCAUUAACUUCCAACGGCCCUUUAACUGGCCACUAUUUUGAUGUUGAUAUGGCGCAUGAUGAUUCAGGCAUAGAUAUGCUCCAUGAGAACUUGCAUCAUGAGCAAGAUAACGGUGGUGAACACACGCUAAUUAAUCUCAACAUAAGUGUUCUUCAGACCAAGGACAACUCGUCGGUCUUGUAUGCUGAAGUUGGUGGAGAUUUUGUGGAUCUUCUCUUUGGAUUGCUGAGCAUACCGCUAGGAUCCAUUCUGAAAAGGUAUGGGAAAUGCGGAUCAAAAGGGUGCGUUGACAAUCUUUAUAGUAGCAUCGGUGGAAGUGUUAAAGGAUUCUUGGGACCAGAAUGUCAGAGCUUUCUACAGUCCCCGAAGUUAGCCCCUUUCUUCGGCUGCGGCUCUAGCAAGAUACUACAAGUUGAAGAACUAUCUCCAUAUAAGGAAGAGAUAGGAACCUGCUUUACGUGCUUCAAGACCUAUGGAUUUUCGAAUCUUACAUAUUGUCAGGGGAAAUAUUGGAAUAUUAAUAGUACACAUUAUUAUCCAAAUUGUACAGAACCUGUCAAAACCACGAGCCUUUGUGAGGUGGAUCCGAAAUCACCAAAGGAAGAAUGUGAAAAUGGAGAAGCAUAUGUAAAGCAUGGGCAUCAGAAAUUUAUUGUGACUGAUGAUCUGCAUGUUCUUCCUCUGUCCUUAGCAAGCACUAUACAAGUUAUUAGUGAAGCCAAGAUUCAAAAAAGGGACCUCGUGGAGAAAGAACUGGCUCUCACAAAACCUCAUGUUAUGGAGAUAUUUAAAGCUGCUUUGGUGACUCGCAAAGCACUCAGCACUGUACUUCUGCCUCCCAUGAAUAUGAAGAAGCUGUAUCACCACAGCUUUGGCCUAUAUUAG